AUGUCGCUGCAAUUUCUGCUCAACUCGGAGGACAGUGAGGACCGGAGCGCAGAGUGGUAUCUCGCCAACACGCGAGUCGAGACGGACGUAUAUGGCUACAGCAGAGGACACGGCCACGGUGACAGCAGCACAAGCACAUCCACAUCCACAUCUCUGGGGUCUCGCGCCCCAGCAUCCCCCGUCAGCAGGCAAUGGACGCCGUUGAAGCCGGGUUCCAGCCACUCGACGUGCGGCGGCCUGUCGCCGGGCAGCGACCACGGCGGCUAUCCCACGUCGCCGGCGUCGUCCAUGGGUCGAUCGCACUCCAGCCGUCUCUCGCUGCGGCGACUCUCUCGAGCCGUCAGUCUCGACGACGAAGACUCGGCCGACGACGAGACGUGCGAGACGGUCUGCUACGGCAUGAUCCACAAAGUUGAUGUCAAGCUCAUGGGCGAUCUCACAACGAUCGCCAAGAAACUGAAGCAGAUCAGCCCCAGCUCGUCUUCCUCGUCAUCCUCAUCCUCGUCAUCAAGGCAGCAAAAGACCUUCAUCGUCACGGAGCAGCCGGACCACAUCCUGCUCAGCUUCCCAGACGGCACGCCCUUUGGCUACCUGCGCUCGCACAUGAAGAACGCGCUCGCCAAGCUGCUCGACCGCAAGAACCUCGCCUUCGAGGCCGUCGCCGAGGCCAAGGCGCUGCAGGACACGGUGGCCAAGGCGCGCAAGACGUCGGGUGCCGUCGCGCGCGUCGACCUCUACGUCUACGGCUCGCGGCGGCUGGCGCCCGUCGUGGGCGACAGGCUGUCCAAGUGGAAACUCUGGCUGCAGAGGCCCGAGGCAGUGAGGAGGGGCGCGCCCUACGAGAACCCGCACUUCCUGGCCUUCUGA